GACAGAUUGAUAGCGUGCACGUAUUUACCAGCAGUGUCAGACUCAUGAGUAGAAGUCCACCUGCUUAAUCAGAAUAUGGGGAUGUCAUUUAUGUUCUUACUGGCAGUUACUUUGCUCUGUCCUGUUCAAACAAAAACACUCGCAGGGAGUGAAGCAGCAAGCACAUCACAGGAUCCUACUUCAGCUGCUCGUCCUUUUAAUGUUACUGAGAAUGUGAAUAAAUUUUCUCAAGAUGAAGAUGUGCCAGUCACAGGCAAGAACCAAACAGUGCAAAAUGAAGAGUUCAAGACCUAUAGAUCUAGUCAUUUCAGCUGUGGUGAUGAACGCAAAUCACGUGUGCCUAUAAUAUGGAGGUGUGAUGGUGAGAAGGACUGCCCGAAUAAUGCGGAUGAGGAAGGCUGUGUGGUCAAGACCUGCAGCCCCACUGAGUUCAGCUGUGGUGAUAAACUCAAAACAUGUCUGCCUAUGAGAUGGAGGUGUGAUGGUGACCAGGACUGUCUGAAUGGUGUGGAUGAGAAAGGCUGUGUUUCUCAAGAUGAAGAUGUGCCAGUCACAAGCAAGAACCAAACAGUGCAAAAUGAAGAGUUCAAGACCUAUAGAUCUAGUCAUUUUAGCUGUGGUGAUGAACGCAAAUCACGUCUGCCUAUAAUAUGGAGGUGUGAUGGUGAGAAGGACUGCCCGAAUAAUGCGGAUGAGGAAGGCUGUGUGGUCAAGACCUGCAGCCCCACUGAGUUCAGCUGUGGUGAUAAACGCAAAACAUGUCUGCCUAUGAGAUGGAGGUGUGAUGGUGACAUGGACUGUCUGAAUGGUGUGGAUGAGGAAGGCUGUGUGGUCAAGACCUGCAGCCCCACUGAGUUCAGCUGUGGUGAUAAACGCAAAACAUGUCUGCCUAUGAGAUGGAGGUGUGAUGGUGACAUGGACUGUCUGAAUGGUGUGGAUGAGAAAGGCUGUGUCACUCAACAUGAAGAUGCGCCAGUCACAAGCAAGAACCGAACAGUGCAAAAUGAAGGUAAACAGUAUUCUGCCAGAGAAUCUUUUACAACAAACAGUGUUUCUGUCACACCCUAAUGUCGCUAAUGUUUUUAUUUUUUAAUUAAGAUGAUUUGGGAAGCACUCAGGUGACACCUGCGGCAAGUGGCUCGGACACUGAGACACACAAAGACCCUCCAACCAGCAUUACCAUAAAUCAUAUACUGGAGAAACAAGACUAAACUAAUUUUAGUAAUACAAAAUCUGAAAUUUGAGUAAACUAAAGUUGGAGCUACAAAACCUUGGAAAUGAAGUGUAGAUCUCGUUGACAGUUGACCAAGAAUGAAUUCAUCAAUGAAUUGUAUUUGACAAUUUCUGAGAUAUCCCUAUAGACUUAACACUCUAAUGAUAACUAUAAGGAUAAAGAUAACUAUACUAGACGUAAGCUCCACCCAUUUGCUCUGCAGUGAGCAGCCUCUCGGCUACUUUGCUGGGAGACAAGCAGACGUAGCCUAUGUGUGUGAGGAAAUAUCAUAUAUUAUGUUAAAAAAUAAAUAAAUAACAGCGCAUGAGAA